GUACAGUCUAGUCGUGCAAAUAUACAGGUCCAACACACUCGAUAUCCACAGACUGAAGCCAAGCUGUACUUCCACAACACUGUUCAAGGAUUUCGGGGCCAUCAAGAAUCGACACUUGUCCAAAGUUUUCGGGGACGACAUACUAAUAGCCCCAUAGCAAUGAUAGCAUUGAUGCGGUCACCGGCCGCACAAAAUCCAGACACAUAUACGGGGGAGCUUCAGUUACUCAUUCGGUUCAAGCGAUGGCCCCAACACUAGUACUUGCACUUGCCCUCAUAGCGCUUGUAUCUUUCGUGGUAGUGCAAUCCUUGCAAAAGAAGAGACACACUAAGAAGCAUCCUUUACCCCCUGGUCCUCCACCUCUCCCUUUUGUUGGAAAUGUGAUCGGAAUCGACCCAGAUCGUCCAUGGUUAGCAUACUCAAGGUGGGGAACUGAGUAUGGGGAAAUCGAUAUUGUGAUCAUCAACUCCGAAAGAGUUGCGCAUGACUUGCUCGACCGUCGUUCACACAACUAUUCCACAAGACCCCCAGGGCUUGUGCACCAUCUUGGCUUUUUUGGUCAUGACUACGACUCUUAUAUUGUCCCUUCGAGCUCUCGCACUUAUCAUGUCUUUACAGACAGGCGAAUCUUUCAUGAAGCAUUCCAUUUAGAAGCAGUGUCAUCCUUCCGUCCGAUUCAAAUGCGCAAUGCUCACAGUUUGAUACUAAACUUACUAGCCUCUCCGGAGGUGUAUGGAACCCAUUUCCACAUCUUCAGCACGGCUAUCAUCAUUUCAAUCAUGUAUGAUUAUGCCAUAGUGCCCAUUGAUGAUCCCUUUGUCACGCUCAUUGAACGCUCACUUGAGAUAGGUAUAAAAGCACUCAGGCCCGAGGUCACAGCUAUUUUAACAGAGUUACCCAUAUUGAAAAAAGUUCCUCCUUGGUUCCCUGGAGCGAGCUUUGUGAGGGAUGCUAUAGUCCUGAGAACCCUCGCUCCCAUGAUUAUGGACAUACCCUUUGAACAUGUGAAGAACAACAUGGCUGCGGGGACGGCUGCACCAUCCAUGGUGUCGGAUGCAUUGAAACGUAUACCAGUCAAAACACAAGAUGAAGGGGAGGCCGCUGUCCAGACGACGUCCACUUUAUAUGUCUUCCUGCUCGCGAUGGUUCUAUAUCCCGAGGUGCAAACACGCGCGCAAGCAGAGAUUGAUUCCGUCAUUGGGGAAACUCUGGAAAGAUCGCCCGACUGGGAUGAUCGCGCUUCUAUGCCCUACGUCAAUGCCAUCAUACUGGAGAUGCUGAGGUGGUUCCCUGUCGUCCCUCUGGGCAUUGGACAUGCCACAGUAAAUGACGACAUCUAUGAAGGUUACUAUAUUCCAAAAGGGGCUACCGUAAUAGCUAACACAUGGUUUAUGACGCGCAAUCCAGAUAAAUAUCCUAACCCAACGAGGUUCAUACCCGAGCGUCACAUGUCAAAAGUCGCUGUCGAAGAGCCGUCAACACACGGUCCUGAUGAUGUUUCCUUUGCUUUUGGAUUUGGAAGGCGUAUUUGUGUUGGACGACAUGUCGCCGAUGCCUCUUUAUUCGCCGCAGUUGUGAAUAUUCUAACUGUUUUCCGGUUGGAACGUGCGCCAGGAUGGAAUGUCGGGCCUGAUGCUGAAGGAGUGGAAUGGACCGGAGGCAUAUCGACGCACCCUGUAUUCCCGUGCAUAUUCACUCCUCGCCACACGAAGGAAAGAGUAUCGCAGUUGAUAAAAAUGCAAUGCUAA